AGCCGCAGCAGGUGGGAACAAUGCGAGCCUCCUCUAAGAAGAGUGUUUUUCUGCUGCUGGCCGUUUUCUCCCUCCUUGUUUGCUUCAUUUUCUACAGGAGCUUCAACAGUUCACAGGCAGCAGGCGGCAGCACUGAGACUCCAGGAGAAGAUCAGGUGAGAUGGGAGGAGCCUGGAGCUGCUCAGGAGGAGCAGCAGGAGGAGACUGAGGCAGCGUGUUCCCUGAGGUCCACCAUAAGGAACGAGCCCUUCCUCUGGUGGAGGUUCAACUUCUCGCUGCCGGUCCUUCAGUGGGCUGGAAGUCUGACGCCAUCGUCCUGGAAGCAGCUGAAGAGACGACCACCUCCAUACGGCUGGAAGGGACUUCCUGCUAAAGUCCUCCGGGAAAGCCUCUCCCUCCUCAAAAGCCGCCAGCUUUUUGAGCGGGAACCACCUGGCAGGUGUGUCCGCUGCGCCGUGGUGGGAAACGGAGGAAUCCUCCGUGGAUCCAGGCAAGGAAAGAACAUCGACCGCCAUGAUUUGGUCUUCAGGAUGAACGGAGCGGUGAUCAGAGGGUUUGAAGACGAUGUGGGGACAAAGACUUCAUUCUAUGGUUUCACCACCAACACCAUGAAGAACGCCCUGAUCUGGUACCGCUCAGACGGUUUCACCAGAAUUCCUCAGAGCCCGGAGAUCAGAUACAUCUUCAUCCCAUCAGACAUCCGAGAUUACGUGAUGAUGGCGGCUGCUGUUCGGGGUCGAAGCGUCGCCUCAGGGAGAGACCAAGGAGACAGACCAUGGGAGUACUUUGGCCACAAACCACCUGGAAACUUCAAGAUGCUCCACCCCCAGUUUAUCUCCUACGUGACCCACAGUUUCCUGAUGUCUCCUCUGAUGACCAACGUCCAGACUCGGGACUUGUACAUGCCGAGUACCGGGGGUCUGAUGCUGCUGACGGCCUUACACACCUGUGACCAGGUUUCUGCUUAUGGCUUCAUCACCAGGAACUACGCCGAUUUCUCUGAUCAUUACUACGACUUGGUGCCGAGGCCUCUGAGGUUCUUUGCCAACCAUGACCUGCAGAUGGAGAGCAGCCUGUGGGAGGAGCUUCACAACCGGAAGGUGCUCUGGUUGUUCCAGAGAGAUUGAGGAGGAGGAAGUUGACCAAAGAGGGUGGGUCGUUUCCAACAACCCAGCUGGUGAUGGGUCAGUCCAGCAUACACCGUCCUCCACACCAUGGUACCGCCUCCUACUGUCCCAGAGGAGACGAUCAAAACCCAGACCAUGGUACCGCCUCCUACCGUCCCAGAGGAGACGAUCAAAACCCAGACCAUGGUACCGCCUCCUACCGUCCCAGAAGAGAUGAUCAAAACCCAGACCAUGGUACUGCUUCCUUCCAUCCCAGAGGAGACGAUCCAAACCCAGACCAUGGUACCGCCUCCUACUGUCCCAGAGGAGACGAUCCAAACCUAGACCAUGGUACCACCUUCUACUUUCCCAGAGGAGACGAUCCAAAACCCAGACAAUGGUACCGCCUCCUACUGUCCCAGAGGAGAUGAUCCAAACCUAGACCAUGGUACCGCCUCCUACCGUCCCAGAGGAGACAAUCCAAACCCAGACCAUGGUACCGCCUCCUACUGUCCCACAGGAGACGAUCCAAACCUAGACCAUGGUACCGCCUCCUACCGUCCCAGAGGAGACGAUCCAAACCCAGACCAUGGUACCACCUCCUACCGUCCCAGAGGAGACGAUCCAAACCCAGACCAUGGUACCGCCUCUCUCUGAUGCUCCUCCAGGUUCCUUGAUGGUUUCAGGAUGUUCUAAACAUCCUUCCUGUUUUUCUUUAUUAUUUCGGUGGUUUGAUUCCUAAAUUUGGAUUUUAGGAAUCAGUUGUUUUCUCUGGUUCUGAAAUUACAGUUUUGACAUAAAAAUGUACCAGAUGAGAUGUUAAAAUA